CAGUGUGUAGUUAUUAAUGUCAUAAUGGAGCUUUUCAAGUGUCUGUUUAGUGUUGUGGUGGUGGUUGCUUUGGUUUGUUGUAUUACUGCUCAGCAUUCCUGGAUGCUUCCCCUGCAGAAACCCCAAAGUUCUCAUCCUUUUCAGUGGGUUCAGGAACAGUCAAACAUCCCUCCAACUGCAGCUCCUCUUGAUAAAUGUAUGGUAGAGGAGGCCGAGAAGAUCCGGUGUGGGACUCCAGAUCUGAGCCCUAAACAAUGUGAAAAAAUUAACUGCUGCUUUGAUGGGCUGCAGUGCUACUAUGGGAAAGCAGUGACUGUGCAGUGUACCAGGGAUGGCCAGUUUGUGGUGGUUGUGGCUAGAGAUGCCACACUGCCACCCACAGAUGUGAACUCAAUCAGUCUUCUUCAAACUGACGAUGUCUUCUGUAACCCCGUUGACAGCACCUCUGCCUUUGCCAUCUUUCAGUUCCCUGUGACAGCAUGUGGCACCACAGUUACGGAGGACAAUGGUUAUGUGGUCUAUGAAAACCAUAUGUCAUCAUCUUAUGAAGUGGGAGUGGGUGUAAAAGGCUCAAUCACCAGGGACAGCCAUUUUGAGUUACUGUUCCAGUGUCGGUACUCUGGCACAGCUGCAGAGGCUCUUGUCUUGGAGGUGAAUGCUGUUCCUGCCCCUUUACCAGUUGCUGGUGCAGGACCUCUUAGAGUGGAGCUCAGACUGGGAAGUGGACAGUGCCACACAAAAGGCUGUGUGGAGGAAGUGGCAGCAUACAGCUCCUUCUAUGCCCCAUCAGACUACCCAAUCACCAAAGUGUUACGGGAACCAGUCUAUGUUGAGGUGCGCAUCUUGGAGAGGUCUGACCCAAACAUCAUCCUGAACCUGGAUCACUGCUGGGCCACCUCCAACCCAAAUCCUGACAGCCUGCCACAGUGGGAUCUUCUGAUUAAUGGGUGCCCCUACCAUGAUGACAACUACCUGACUACAGUGGUUCAUGUGGAUGGCUCCUCUGGGCUUCAGUACCCAACACACCACAAACGUUUUGUUGUACAGAUGUUCACGUUUGUGAAUCCAAACAACUUCUUUCCUCAGAAAGAUACGGUAUUCAUCCACUGCACCACAGCUGUGUGCUAUCCAACCAGUGCAGGCUCCUGUGAGCAGUAUUGUCAUCGUCAGCGAAGAGCAGUACCUGCAGCAAGGAAUCUUUCCCAGAGACGGAGGGCUCUAGUCUCAAGUGGUGCGGUGAUCCUGACUGAGAAGACCACACCUGCGCUGAAAACUAAACUGAAACGAUGACCUUCCACUGGCAUGCCAUAUCUGGCCGUCACUUUUAA